AUGAUCGGACAGAUGGGAUCAUUCGAAUUCCCAUCUGCGGGCAUCGAUGAGCCUCUGGAAUGUUACCUGCACGGCUAUGUCAGCUCCCGGAUUAUGAACCUAGCACGCAAUUCCGACAACGGUCUCCCUCUCUGCAUCGCUACCAGCAAGGUAGAUGGACUUGUCAUGUCCCUGACACCAAACUCGCAUAGCUAUAACUAUCGCUCAGUGGUUCUCCAUGGAUAUGCAAAGCUGGUCACGGAUGAAGAAGAGAAGCUUUGGGCGAUGAAGCUGAUCACUAACUCCGUGGUGGCCGAUCGUUGGGAUAAUACGCGUGUACCUCCUGAUCGUGCGGAGAUGUCUUCCACUGUUAUUCUGAGAGUUAAGAUUGUUGAUGGCAGUGGGAAGAUUCGGGACGGGCCGCCGUCUGAUGACCGUAAAGAUACAGAGAGACCGGAGGUCACCGACCGCGUUUGGACGGGGGUGGUUCCUGUCUAUGAGACUUAUGGAGAGCCGAUUCCUAGUGAUGGGAAUCAAUUAUCUGAGGUUCCUGAGCAUAUUACCUCGUAUAUUACAAAGAAGAAUUUUCAAAAUCGGGCUUUGGCUGAACGUGCGGCAACUCGUUGA